AUGCCCAAGCCUUUGCUUCUCUUCGCUUGUCCCAUCUUGACUCCAUGUUGCAGCAUGCGAAGCGCGACGCAGCUUUUACUGUGCGUGCUACUUCUCUCUGUUUUUUUCUGGGCAACAAGGGGGCGGCUGUCAGGACGUCCCAAGAUUUGCGAGGAACUUGGAUAUAAGUUAUCACCGACUCUGCAGUCUGCCUUAUACCGACCCUUUCAGUUGGCUGAGAUUGAUUCUGCUCAACGGGAGGCUGGAUUAAACCAAGCGACCGAACAGCAGCAGCCGCUAGCAAUAUGGUUGGUGGGACCUUCUGCUGCUGGCAAGUCGUACUUGGCACGGAAGGGGGCAACAGAUUUGGGAGUCAGGGUGCUCCCGUCCCAGUCACUGGACGCCGUGCUUUUGGAUGGCAACGCGUUUCGCAACUGGCACGGUGGCUACCAGGCUGUAAUACAAGAGGGCCACAGGCUGCAGUGUGUGUGGCAGGAGGCAUACCCUGCCAUGCGUUUCAGGCUGCAGCAGCAGAAAACUCGGCUGUUGCACAAAGCAGCCCGGCAGCGGCUCAACAUCAUUAUUCCACACACUUGUGACUACCUUUCUGAGUGUGCACCUCUUCUGUACUUCCUGCGGAGACGUGGCUACGUCAACCACGUCAUCAUGAUACUCGGCGACCGGGAGACAAUCCAGCAACGUGGUAGGAUACGAGCGCAGGCAACUGGAAAGAGAUACGCUCCAGAAGAGUGGGACGAAUCAGUCUCCAACGGGUUUAAGAUGGUAGCAUUGGCCACUGGAUAUGCUGAAUUUGCUUGGACGACGCCAAGAACUAAAUGGCUAGUGAAAAGAGGACUGCCCAUUGAUGUCUUCAAUGCAGCAACAAGCUUUGGCAUAACCGUAGCGUUCAAUGCGUUCAAACAGGAAGUCUUUGUAGCACGGUAUGCUGGGUGGGAGUCCUGGGACUGGCAAGGUUGGGAGAAUGAUGAGAGCAAGGCCAAGGCCUCCAAGGCUUCCGCCAGCAGCGAAGGUCCGGAGCCUUCUGGCAAAGGCUCCCAGGGCUCCCAGGGCUCCCGAGCCAAAGGCAACCAAAAAGAUACCCACAGCGUGGAGGCAGAAGCCUGCCAGCCUGCGACGGAGGCAGCCGUAAGUGACGCUGAUCACAUGGAAGAAACGCCUGUGCCAAGGUCCGCUUUCGGCACACUGGAGGAGGAGAAUCAAGAUGAUGAGCUCCUGGAGGUCGGUGAAGAAGAAGGGGAGGAGGAACAGCUUGAGGAUGAGAAUUCGGAUGGUUGGGACGACGGGGAAGACGUAGAAGAUGCAGAAGACGUAGAAGCGGAAGACGCAGAAGAGGAAGAGGAAGAGCUCGAUGAAGAUGAGGAAGAAGAGCAGGAGCAGGAGCAGGAGGAGGAAGAAGAGGAAGCAGCAGACGAUGAUGAAGCAGAGGAGCAGGAAGAAGAGGCAGAUGAAGACGAAGAUGAAGAAGCAGAUGAUUCAGAGCCUGACAGCGCAUCCAGUCCUAAAGGCAAGGGCAUGAUGAAGGGAAAAAACAAAGGCAAAGGGUACGGCGGCAGCAAGGGCAAGCCCUCUGACGAGGAGUUUGAGGAAGAUGAGGAUGAUCCCGAAGAUGAUUCAGAUGAGCAGGAGAACCUCUCACCCAAAGGCAAAGGUGGUAGGAAAGGCAAAGGCAAAGCAAAGGACAAAAGCGCUGGGAAAGUAGUAGGAAAAGGCAAGGGAAGUGCGGAAGAUGACGAGGACGAAAGCGAGGAUGAUGAUGGUGCCGAUAUGGUCUCAAAGGGGAAGAGCGCAGGAAAGCGAAAAGGCCACAGCAAAGGGAAGAAGUGA